CGCGCGGCUCCCAGCUGCGUAAAAGGCCAGGCCCCUGCGCGCCCUGGAGCGCGAAUCCUGAGCGUCCCCUAGUGACCCCGCCCGGCCUCAACCCGUCCUCCCCGCCCCCCCCGCCCCUCCCUGGAACAGACUACGGUUCUGGGCCGCCGUGGAGACGCCUUGCCCUUUGAGGAGGACCCAUGGCCGCGCCCAAGAAAGCGGAGAAGCCAGCUGACCAAACUCUUGAAGGACUCAAAAGCUUCUAACGCGCCAGGAGGCGGCCAGCAAGCAGGGGGCUAGACCGGACACCUGGCCUCUAACCCACUUGGGUACCCGGAGCCCAGUCAGUGCUUCUGCCGGCUCGAACAUCCUCCCUUCCCCGAGCUAUGGGAGAGUCCGCCGGACAGAGCGCGGAAAAGUGGCACAGCCUCUUCCAAGUGCGGUUGUGGGUGGCUCUGAAAAGAGCCUUUGGAUGUGAUGGAACCUCGAGCCGAGUGCGCACUUCUUUCUCUAAGCCCGCUCCCCGCGGAUGCGGCGGGCCAGCUGGAUGUCUUUGGGCAUGAUGGUCACGCGCUUGGCGUGGAUGGCACACAGGUUCGUGUCUUCAAACAGCCCCACCAGGUAGGCCUCGCUCGCCUCCUGCAGCGCCAUCACGGCCGAGCUCUGGAAGCGCAGGUCCGUCUUGAAGUCCUGCGCGAUCUCGCGCACCAGGCGCUGGAAGGGCAGCUUGCGGAUCAGCAGCUCGGUCGACUUCUGGUAGCGCCGGAUCUCCCGCAGGGCCACGGUGCCCGGCCGGUAGCGGUGGGGCUUCUUCACGCCGCCGGUGGCCGGCGCGCUCUUGCGGGCCGCCUUGGUGGCCAGCUGCUUCCGCGGGGCCUUGCCCCCGGUCGAUUUGCGGGCAGUCUGCUUAGUACGGGCCAUGGCGGCGAGCCAAAACACGAGCUUACCAGCGCAGCGAAGGGAGAGUAACCAGGGGGACGCCCGCCGCAGCAGUCUUUAUAGGCACAGGCUUGUCCCGAUUGGGCGGGACAAUAAUUGAAAGUCCCGCGCUGGCUCUCUAUUGGCUGUGACCUCACCAGCCCUAGCGCCACUGAUUGGCUUGGGCAGAAUCCUCCUCCGCCCGCCCCCCACCCUCCCUCCCUCCCUCCCUUUCUACUUUCCAGUUUGCCAGCAGUUUUCCCGGCCUCGUCUUUCCUUUCUUCCCGGCGAGAGUCAUUUUUGAGCGCGACUGUGUCAGAACGUUCCUCUUCAGCCCUUCGCUCCCUUAGAACACGCUACCCCCGAUGCCCGCCUCCUUUCCACGCUUUUUACCUCCCGGACCGAACCCCCGCCCCCUGAACGCCUUGUUACCUUGUCAGAACCCCCUAGGUUAGCUGCUAGUCUGGCCGAUCUUCCCCCCCCCGCCCCCCGGCCCUUUGGUGCUUUUCGGAUCGGAAGGUUAUCUGCGCCCUCUCCGGGAGCAAGACUCCACUUCCGAGAGCCUCAGGACCUGUUAUCCCCAUCCCCGCCGCGAAGGCGCCUCCUCACUCCCCCCACUCCCCUUCCAAAGACGGUGGGCUCAAGCCAAAACCCACGUCCGCUACGCUCCCGAAAACCGUCUUUAUCCCCUAACCGACUGGGGUGUACGGGGCGUGCGCGUGUGCGAGGGAACGUCCCCUUGGUGCUAGACCUCAGGUGUUGGGCAGAGGCUUGGGAAGUAACUGCAGUUGCUCACCGGGCAUCCGACUUCGAGAUAGAGCGUCGCGGCCGCCUGGUACUGCUUACUUUCAGCAGCCGAGUCGACCCUGGCUCGCCCAAGCAAGGUUUGCUACCUCUACCUGCGUUAAUUAGAUCCUAGGAUUUGCCACACUCCCACCCGCACCCGCUUCCCAGCAAAAUAACGGCUAAAGCACCUAGUUCCAGAGGCGAGUGAGGAACGGCAGGGAGUAGAGGGCAAACGGCACUCCCUCCGCCCACCUCCGUGCUUACUACCAAGGGUGGAGUUAAGGAGAAAGCUGGCUAGUGUAACAACUCUUUUUUUUAUUUGAAAGAGUGGGUGGCUCUGAAAAGAGCCUUUGAUUUCACAGGUGCCCCUUCCGGACGGGGCUGGGUGGGCUUCCGGAUGCCGGCCUCACUUGCCCUUUGCCUUGUGGUGGCUCUCCGUCUUCUUGGGGAGCAACACGGCCUGGAUGUUGGGCAAGACGCCGCCCUGGGCGAUGGUGACUUUGCCCAACAGCUUGUUCAGCUCCUCGUCGUUGCGGAUAGCCAGCUGCAAGUGGCGGGGGAUGAUGCGCGUCUUCUUGUUGUCUCGCGCCGCGUUGCCCGCCAGCUCCAGGAUUUCCGCGGUCAGGUACUCCAGCACCGCCGCCAUGUAGACGGGCGCGCCGGCCCCCACCCGCUCGGCAUAGUUGCCUUUGCGCAGCAAGCGGUGCACCCGCCCUACGGGGAACUGCAGACCUGCGCGGGACGAACGGGACUUGGCCUUUGCGCGGGCCUUGCCUCCCUGUUUGCCACGACCAGACAUGACAACGACACUCACUGCAACCGGCUCCCGCUUAGGUGACCGAGAAAGUCGCCCUAAACGGCCCCGCUUCACCUUUUUAUAGGCAGAGCGGCGAUUGGCUACGGAGCACGUUGAUUGGCUAGAGCACAUCUGUGUCCCGGUGGCCAAUAGGAUAGCGCAACCAGAAUCCACUCAUUUACAUAACCUCGUCUCCCCUCGCAGCAGAGCCACUGAAAACUCGCGAAUCGCAACGCGGCGGAACCCAAGCCUUCAUUUGCGUACGGCCUCUAUAAGUACCGAGUCGCUUCCGGUAGCCUCCGUGUAGUUGUUGCCUUUGCGUUCCCGGUUGUCCUUUGCAGCUGGUGUCUGCCGUUAUGCCUGAGCCCGCCAAGUCCGCCCCGGCGCCCAAGAAGGGCUCGAAGAAAGCCGUCACCAAAGCCCAGAAGAAGGACGGCAAGAAGCGGAAGCGCAGCCGCAAGGAGAGCUAUUCCAUCUACGUGUACAAGGUGCUGAAGCAGGUGCACCCGGACACGGGCAUCUCGUCCAAGGCCAUGGGCAUCAUGAACUCCUUCGUCAACGACAUCUUCGAGCGCAUCGCGGGCGAAGCGUCCCGCCUGGCUCAUUACAACAAGCGCUCGACCAUCACGUCCCGGGAGAUCCAGACGGCCGUGCGCCUGCUGCUGCCCGGCGAGCUGGCCAAGCACGCCGUGUCCGAGGGCACCAAGGCGGUCACCAAGUACACCAGCUCCAAGUGAGUCCCUGCCGGGAUAGUGGCGCUCGCCCGAUCGCCGGGUCGCUUGACUCCAAAAGGCUCUUUUCAGAGCCACCCAUCUUCUCAAUGGAAGAAGCUGUCAUCUUGUUUUAUCCGGGUCCUGUUUUCCUACUUUGCCUUUUGGUUUCUUCUAGUUAAUACUGGGAGUUGCCAGUAGUUAGAAACAAAUUCUAUUUCCAUCCAGAUAUUUGACGGAUAGGUAUGCUUACCUAGUUGGGUGAAAGAACCUAAUGGAGGGUAGGCAUGCUAUAUUUUGUCAUAGAACUGCUCUUGAAACUGGUUUGGACUUGAUUGAACGCAAGUGCAUGUGUCUACAUCCAAGUUGUUAAGCAAAAUGCCUUUUUUUCUUUUUUUGUAGUAUAUAAACUUCUGCAUGCAGCAUAAAACUUCAAAGGUGUAGCCGUCUGGUGUUAAGGAACAAAAUGCUGGUGGCAGAAUUUUUUUACCCAUGUGCUCUAUUGUGUACAAAAAAAGAUAAUUAUUAGAUUUGGUACUAACAAAUUCCAUGAGUUUGUGUAUACUGCACUUACAAGUAUCUGUGUAGCCUGUUUAUAUGUAGAUUCCCCAAUUAGGAAAAUAGAAGCUUGAUUUUGAUCCCCAGGAAUCAGCCGGUAUGCUGGUGCCUUCUCUUUACUUCAUCUCAUCAGAUCACAUAAGACCUGCUUAAUAUUUGGUGAUAGUGUCCUCCCUAGAGAAUUAUCACUCAGAAAACUUGCCCAAUUUAAAUGAUAUGUCCAUACAAUGGGAACGAAAUAUGCAUAAUUUCCGAAGGACGAAAAAGUUUGAACUGUUAGAGCAGCAGAAAGCCCCAGUGGCUGGGAGGGCAAAGGAGAUUGGCCUCACACUUUUAGUUUUAGUACUUUGGGAACCCUUGGAUUGCUUUCAGCAGGAAUCUGAAUAACAUGAUCCCCAUCUCUUUCUAAAAAAAUGCAACUGCUAAUCACGAAAACAGACAUCUCAAGUUAAUGCUUUUAGUGCUUUUAGGUAUAGGAAGAUGCAAGAGUCUGGGCUUAUUGAAACCAUUCCUUUGAUAUGCACCUUAACUCUGCAGGGCCAUCAUCUUGUUUUUCUCCAUCCUGAAUCCCCUCAGGGUGCACUGUAGGGGUGGCUGCAGUGGUUGAUCGCUUUUUGGCCACAGCAUCUAUUAUUUACUGAAAUGGCAGGUGACAUUCUUUGUCCAUACUCUAUAAACACAGUAGUAUUCUUCUAGGCUUUAUUUCUCCUUCUGUGUUUCCGUAAAGUAUUCUUCAAGACUUGAUUUCUUAUGUUUGUUAUGAAGUAUAACUUAGUAGUUGAUAGCCCUACAAUGUAUAUUAUUGACUAUGGCAUUUUUCUUCUGUUUCUCUAAUUGUACGCUGAUUUUCAUUAAGGAACUCACCCAACCCCUUAUGUUUGGGUCUCAAAUUUCCCCAUUGUACCCUGAGAACUUCUAAAAAUACUGGUGCCUGGGUGCCAUCCCCAGAAAUUCUGAUUUAAGUGAUUUUGGAUACAGCCAUCACUUGGAAUUUUAAAAAUCUCACUGGGUGGCUUCACGUUUGAGAACAACCGCCACUUGUAUUUCCCAGAAAACAGAAUUAGCCACAUACAAAAACAGACUAAACGGGAGUUCCUGUGGCGGCGAGGUGGAAACGAACCUGACUAGGAACCAUGAGGUUGUGGGUUCAAUCCCUGGCCUUGCUCAGUGGGUUAAGGAUCUGGCAUUGCCGUGAGCUGCGGUGUAGGCUCUGGCGUAGGCCAGCAGCUACAACUCCAACUAGACCCCUAGCUUGUCAACCUCCAUAUGCUGCAGGAGCUGCCCUAGAAAAGGCAAACACACACACACACACACACACACACACACACACACACACAACCAAAUAAGGUCAUAUUCUAAGGCUCUGGGAGUUAGACUUCAACAUAUCUUUUCACAGUUCAGCCCAUAACAGUAGUCAACAGCUGUGGUAGGCUGAAAGGGGCUCCCAAAUACGUCUACAUCUAAAUUCCUAGAAUCUGUGAAUAUUACCUUAAAGGAUCACCAAUGUCCUUAUGUAAGGCAAGGGAGGAAGGUUAUGGGAACAGAGAGACUUGAAGAUGGUAGGAUGUGGGCUUUGAGAAUGGAGGAAGGGACCAUGACUCAAGAAAUGUCCCUCUAGAACCUGGAAAUUGCAUGGAAAAGGAUUCUUCCCUAGAACCUUUGGAGAGAGUACAGUUUUGAGAUCCACUUGGUGAAACUGAUUUCUGUAUUUCUGAUCUCCAGAAUCAUAAGAGAAUAAGUUUGUGUUUUAAGCCAUCAAGUUUAUAGUUACUUGUUACAGCAACCAUAGGAAAUUAAUACAACACCUUUAUCAGAUUUUUUUUUUUUUUUUUUUUUUUUUUUUGUCUUUUGCCUUUUUCUAGAGCUGCUCCCACAGCAUAUGGAGGUUCCCAGGCUAGGGGUCCAAUUGGAGCUGUAGCCACCAGCCUAUGCCAGAGCCACAGCAAUGCGGGAUCCCAGCCACGUCUUCGACCUACACCACAGUCCACCACAACGCCAGAUCCCCAACCCACCAAGCAAGGCUAGGGAUCGAACCCUCAACCUCAUGAUUCCUAGUCAGAUUCGUUAACCACUGAGCCAUGACUGGAACUCCACCUUUAUCAGAUUUUUUUACUGACAACUGGAGAAAUUUGAAUAUGGAUUGCAUAUGUUAAUAUUGAAUCGAUAUUAAAAUAUUUUUUGGGUGUAAUAAUGAUAUUGUAGUUAUAUAGAAGAAUAUCCUUGUUUUUGUAGUUAUAAAGGAGAAUGUCUAUUUUUAAGAGACAUGCCAAAUAAAGUAUUUAGGGAAAAGAACGAGAAUUUGCCAUUUGUAGCAACAUGGAUGGACUUGAAGGGCAUUACGCUAUGUGAAAUAAGUCAGACUGAGAAAGGUAAAUAGGGUAUCAUAUCACUUAUAUGUGGAAUCUUAAAAAACACAACGAACUAGUGACUAUAAUAUAAAAGAAGCAGACUUACUGAUAUAGAGAAUGAACUAAUGCUUACUAGUGGGGAGGGGAGAGGGGCAAUGUAGGGUAGGGGAGUGUAGGAGUGGGGGAGUGGGAGGUACAGUCUAUUGGAUGUAAGAUAGGUGCAAGGAUGUACUGUACAACACAGAAAAUAUGGCCAAUAUUUUGUAAUAAUUAUAAAUGGAAACUAUCCUUUAAAAUUGUAUUACAAUAAAGAAUUUUUUGGA